AUGCAGGUUGAUCAGCGAGAGGCGCUAGAGGACCCCCGCCCUUUGGUGGGGAUCAUGGCCCAUGCCUACGCCAACCCCCUUAUCAACAAGAGGGCUCCCGGCGCAGGCAGCGGCACCGCCGCGGGGGACACCGACACCGAUGCCGCCGGGGGAGGAGGCGACGAGGAAGAACUAGACGCGUCGACAGCGGCGGCGGCGGCGGCGGCCAACGAGCUUGUGAUUGACGCCCUCCUGGCGGCGGAGGCGGAGACCAUCGGCCCCGAGGUACGGUUCCUCGGCCUGCCUCGAGGCACUGCUGCCGCUUUCCCGGCGAAGAAGCCGAGCGGCGGCGCCUGGCGCGGGGCCGACGGGCUCAGGGUCGUGGACAGCGCCCUGCCGAAGGGGCUGGUGAAGCGGGGCUGGUUGCACAAGCACACGCGAGAGCUCCCGGGCUCGCUAGUGUACCUUGCCUCGGUGGACGUCUCGGCGGGAGCGGAGGAUUGGGCGAACACCGAGGAUGAGAUCGUCGGAGAUCUGAGGAGCGUUGUGGCGAACAUGGCGGCGCGGGAUGUCAAGGUAUUGUUGGUGCUCGUACGGGCCGGCGCGGAGGCCGGGCAGGGCGGGGGCAGGGAGGAGCGGGACGUGGCCGACGAGCGCGCUUUGAGCCUCCGCAGGCGGGCGGAGAUCGACGCCAGGAUGGUGCUCAUGAUCGGCGAGCCCGACCUGGCUUCCCACAGCAAUCCCCCCUCGGUGCGGCGCAUCGCGAAGGCGGCCAAGGACUUGGCCGUCGCCCACUACGCCUCGCACAUCUCGCGCCUUCGAAGAUGGGAAAAGGUGCUGGUGCCUACGCAGCGACUGUACCGCCCGCUCCUGACGAGGCUGUACUUUAAACUUGGAGUUCUUCACGAGAUGCAGGGCCUCGUGGAUAGGAGCUUGCUGUGCUACCAAGAGGUGUCGGCUCUUCUGAGCGACAUGGUGCCGCGGGACGAGGGACGGUUUCAGGGUGGAAGGGGCGACGCAGAUGGAGGAACGCUAGGGGGGGCAUUCCUUCGUGGGGGAGCGGACCCGAUGGAGCAGAUCCGAGGCGUGGCGGAAGUGGUCCACCUCCGGCUGGUGCGGAACCAUCUGCACCGUAGCAUGAGCGUCGAGGGGGCCAUCCGACAGCUCCGGCGGCACGUGUCCGCGUUCGGCAGACCCGGUGAUGCUGCCGCCGCCGC